GGAAGGAGCUGGGAUCCCGGUGCUGGCGCAGGGGCGGGAACGCCGGGCUUGGCUGGAACGAUGAGCUGCUUCGAGGGACAGAUGGCCGAGUAUCCAACCAUCUCCAUAGAUCGUUUCGACAGGGAGAAUCUGGGGGCCCGCGCCUAUUUCCUGUCCCACUGCCACAAGGAUCAUAUGAAAGGAUUAAGAUCCCCUUCUUUGAAAAGAAGGUUGGAGUGCAGCUUGAAGGUUUACUUAUACUGUUCUCCUGUUACUAAAGAGUUGUUGCUAACUAACCCAAAGUACAAAUUUUGGGAGAAUAGAAUUCUAUCAAUUGAAAUUGAUACUCCUACCCAGAUAUGUCUAGUUGAUGAAGCAUCAGGAGAGAAGGAAGAGAUUGCUGUGACCCUCUUGCCAGCUGGUCAUUGCCCAGGAUCAGUUAUGUUUUUAUUUCAGGGCAGUAACGGAACUGUCUUGUACACAGGGGACUUCAGAUUGGCAAAAGGAGAAGUUGCCAGAAUGGAACUACUGCACUGUGGGGGCAGAGUGAAAGACAUACAAAGUGUAUACUUAGAUACUACCUUCUGCGAUCCAAAAUUUUAUCAAAUUCCAAGUCGGGCGGAGUGUCUGAGUGGAAUAAUAGAGCUGGUUCGAAGCUGGAUCACUCGGAGUCCCCACCAUGUCGUGUGGCUGAACUGCAAAGCAGCGUACGGGUAUGAAUAUCUAUUCACCAACCUCAGUGAAGAAUUUGGAGUACAGGUUCACGUGAAUAAACUCGACAUGUUUCGAAACAUGCCCGACAUUCUUCAUCAUCUCACAACAGACCGUAGCACUCAGAUUCAUGCGUGUCGGCACCCAAAGGCAGAGGAAUACUUUCAGUGGAGCAAAUUACCCUGUGGAAUGACUUCCAAAAAUGGAAUUCCACUCCACACAAUCAGCAUUAAGCCAUCCACUAUGUGGUUUGGAGAAAGAAACAGAAAAACAAAUGUAAUCGUGAGGACUGGCGAGAGUUCAUACAGAGCAUGCUUUUCUUUUCACUCCUCCUACAGUGAGAUUAAAGAUUUCUUGAGCUACAUCUGUCCUGUGAAUGCAUAUCCAAAUGUCAUUCCAGUAGGCAUAACUAUGGAUAAAGUUAAAGAAAUCUUGAAGCCUUUCUGCCGAUCUUCCCAAGAUACAGAGCCAAAGUAUAAACCACUUGGAAAACUGAAGAGAGCCAGAAAAACACAACCAGCCUCAGAGGAGGAGGAAGAUGAUCUCUUUGAUGAUCCUCUGCCAGUACCUUUAAGGCACAAGGUUCUAAACCAACAAACUCUGCACCCUGAGGUAUUUCCAAUGACUGCAGUAUCACAAAAUCAGCCUGAAAAACUGAGACAAAGUACAGGAUGCUUCAAAGCAGAAAGUAUACAAACCUCUCUUUGGACAAACUUUGUGGAUUGUGAAGAAUCCAACAGUGAAAGCGAAGAAGAAUCACAAGUCUCACCUUCAGCUCAAGGAGAUCUGAGUUCUGCUACAUGUCACCAGCAAAAGACCGGUGUGGAAGUACCACAGUGGGAAGUAUUCUUUAAAAGAAAAGAUGAAAUCACAGAUGAUGGUUUGGAAAACUGCCCUUCAUCCACAGAAGCAGGGGCCUCUCAGUCACCAAAGCUUUUCAGUGACUCUGAUGGGGAAUCAACUCACAUCUCUUCUCAGAAUUCUUCUCAGUCAACACAUAUAUCAGAACAAGGAAGUCAAGGCUGGGACAGCCAAUCUGACACUGUUUUAUUAUCUUCCCAAGAGAGAAGCAGUGCAGAUAUUACCUGCUUAAACAAAGGUGGCUGCAGACCAAGAAUCAAAGAGAAUAUUUCUGCCUCUCAGAUGGAACAAAAUGUGCUUUGCCCAAAGGAUGGAUACUCCGAUUUGAAAAGCAGAGAUCAAGAUAUAAAUAUAGUUCCUGGUGUUGGAGAACCAACUACUUUAAGCAGUGGGAAAAAAAUACCUCAUGAAAAAUUGUUGCUAAAUCCUAGUACCAAUGCAGAUUCACAGAGCUCCUCUGAUUUUGAAAUUCCCUCAACUCCAGAGGCUGAACUACCUAAACGGGAACAUUUAAGGUAUUUAUAUGAGAAGCUGGCAACAGGUGAGACUAUAAUAGUUGAAAAAAGAAAAAGCUCUUUAUCAGAUAACUAGCAAUUAAAAACAUUUCAUUUUAGAGCAACGACUAAAAAAACCUAUACAAAUAGGCAAAGUCAUAAUAAAUGAAAGCAUACUAAAAACAUUUUAUAUAACCUAAUAGGAAGCAGUAAACAGGGAAUGUAGGAAUCAAAGAAAGGGAAAAAACAUGGUACAGUAGAACUAAAUCCAAAGUACAGUAAUUACAUUAAAGGUAAAAUGGUCUAAGCGAAACAGUGAAAAGUUGGGGGAAACAUAAUCUAAUUAUAUGCUGUCUUUAAGCAACUUACUUCAGAUGACACUGGGUUUUAAAAGUAUAAAGAUGAAAAGAUAUACUAUAUAAACAGUAAAAGAAACUGGUAGUGGCUAUAUCAAUAUCAAAUUACUAAUUAUAAAGGUCCAAUUCAUCAAGAAACAAUUUAAAAUGUGUAUGCACCUACCAGUUUCAAAAUAUACAAAGCAAAAUUGAAAGAAUAAACCACAAUUAUAGGUGGUGAUGUUAGUGGAUACUCAGAGGAAUCAAUGACAAGAGGACUCAGUCAGUUUUCUCAUUUUUCCAGAAGUAAAUGUUCCAUUCCCAGAUGUUAUGAAAAAGACAGAUUAGCUCUUUUCCAUUUGCAUUGGGGGAAAACCUGGACAGUUAUGAUACAUGAUGGGCUUUUGUAUACAUGCCUAUAAACAUUCUGAAUAUUUUCUUGGCAUUUGAUAAUCAUACCAUCAAUUUAAUAUUACAUAUUGCCACAUUUUUAUUGUUUUAUGUGAGUCUGGCAUAAUAAAUUCUGGCUGAAUGAAUUUAAUAGAUUUUAAAAUACAGGUUUAUAUUAUAGUACAGAAUAAUUCCUAAUGUUUCUAUAUGGUGCUUUGUCAGUGUUUUACUUGAAAAAACACCCUUUGAGGUAGAUAACAUUAUCCCCAUGCACAGCUGAGGGGGCCAAAGCACAAAUAAGUUAUUAACUCACGGAGUUAACCAUGGGGUUACGGGCUAAGUCAGGACUCAGACAAUUCAAUAUAGAGUCUGUGCUCUUAACUAUGAUGUUCUAAUCUAUAAUGCCACUCAAAAUGCAGGAUUAAUUGCAGUGGCUACUUGAUUUUUACUUGAAGAACUAUAAAAUAUAAAUGGAAUAGUGGGGGGAAAAAAGUUUGAGUGCCAAGACAUAUCACAAGAAACCCAGAAGUUUGUCAUGUGCCUUACAGAGGUAUUCCACAACUUAGAAGUUUAAUAGUAGAUACUGAUUUUUAAUGCCUGCCUGGAGUUGGUUUAAUGUUAAAAAUUAGGUUUAGUUUACUGCCUACUACUGAGUGAUUAUGGGCAUGUCAGUGUUACCUAUCCAGUGUAAAUUUAUUUCUGUGUAUGUGAGUACAUAUGAAAGACUUAUGGCUUGCUGAAUGACUAUUACCUCUACUUUAAAAAUUCCUUUGCACUUUAAGGCAGUACAGAGCACAGUAUGUUUGAGUAUCUGGUAGUAGUAGCAGAUAUCUCACUCAAAAAAAUUUUAGAGGUAUUCAUCCACACUCAGUAAUACUAAGUGUGAGAUUCUACUUUAAUAUUCAAAUGCUUGAAGCAUGACAAUGAUACUUUUUUUUAGAAUUUCUUACAAGGAAAAUAACAUUAAUUGUAUAAAGCAUUAAUAGCAGGUUGGCAGGAAUAUAUCAGUAUUUUCCUACCUCACUUGUAGCCUUAUUAGAAAUGACAGCAAAAUAUUCAGAAACAAAAUUAAGUAAUGAAAAAUCAAAUGCAAAUCAAAUGCAAACUAAAUUUAUUCUGCUAAAGAAAACUGCUGAAGUGUAGGAAAAUUAAGUAGAGCCUGGAGUUUGCAUGGGAUGGGGGGGGUGGCAGGGGAAACCUGAGAUUACCUCUUGUGUUAUCACAAUCCUGUGUAGAUAUGAGAAAAAAUACAACUUAAAUAUGAACUUACAGUCUAAGUUUGAUCUAAAUAUUGUCCUUGAAUAUUUGCUUUAUAUUGAGAAUAAAUUCUAACAACUUAGGAAACUAAAAGAAGCUAAAUGCUGACUUAAACUAGUUAAGGCUCCUAACAGCUUCAUUUCAAGUUUCUAUUAUUUUACUGUUUAAGUUCAGCAUUUUAUUAACAUAAGGGUAACAAAGGUAUUUAAAAGCUCAAAGGUCCAUUACAUUUCUAUUAAAAGGACAAAACAAGUUUACUAAAAAGAGUAAUUUUCCCUUUGCCCUUCAGUUUUACACCUUUUUUUUUUUUACACAUAAGAGAGACAACAUCAAAAAGUAAAGCACUUUAUAAGAAUAUUAAAAUUACAUCUUUAAACUCAUUAGAACUAUCAUUCAAAGUAAAUUGGGAGCAACCUGUAAAUCUGUGACCCUUUCUCACUGCUAAUUUUUCAUAAAGAAAACAUAAAUGGCACUAAAAAAUGCAUUUUCCCUCAACACUUGCAAAUUUUGGUUAGCAGAUAUACUCUUGAGGCCCUAUAAUGUAAACAAUUAACACUGUAGUAUCCAAAGAGCAAAGUCAUGUGAUGGUGGUAUAGUGAAAAAGAAUAAAUGGUAGCUUGUCUCAAAAAAAAAAAAAAAGAGGUUAAGGAUUAAGAGGAUAUCUGAAGUGCUGCAUUCUUGAAGUCAAUUCAGUUUUACCUAAGCUAAUUUUAGAUCAUUAAGCGUAGGGUAGUGAGGCCUCUCUGGUGGCGCAAGGGGUUAAGAUGUAACCUAUGAGGCCACUGCAGCACGAGUUCAAUCCCUGGCCAGCCAGGGAGCUACCCACAUGGUGCAGCAGACCUCUCCUGACUCACCCACUGCUCCCCUCAGCAGUGUACUUAAGUCAGUCUGCCUAUUCUGUUCCCCACUGUCUCUGGUGAAUACUCUCACCCCCUCUACACAUAAAUAAAUCUUUAAAAAAAAAAACAAAAACCUAGGGUAGUGAGCUUAGAUAGGACUUAAUUAGGAAUACAAAAGGCUAGAUAAUUUGCAUUUACCUUCAUAUUGGACAUCAUGAUUAGAAAUCCCAGAAUGAAAAAGAGAUGAAAACAGUUUUUCCUGAUUGAAGUUUUACUAUUCAGAAAAAAAGACAAUAUAUUCCAUUUCAGUAUAUUUCAAGUAAUAAAUGGACUUAAAAUUCACUUGGACCAAGGCAAGUUUAGCUUAAUCACAUUUAAAAAGUUCAUGUAUAAAAUUUCACUUCAAAAUAAAGAUUACUUAUUAAAGACGAGUCUACAAGGAAAUAUAAAAAUGAUUAAAUUUGGUAUAAAGAAAAUGUUAAACCUGCCUGAAAUCAGGAAGAUAUAAAGUUAAAGUACUGUGCCAAACAAUUAUAAUUAGCUACAGUUGCUCUCAAGGGUACUCUUGUUUUACUCUUUAGACCAAAGUUACUCAACACGGGUUUUCUAAUUCAUGUUCUUAAGAGGGGCCCUUAAAGCGCUCCAUUUCCCCUACCUGGCACUCAGAAACCCCUCUGGUCCCACUGUCCUGAUCUUUCAAAGAAACAAGGGUCAGCUGUUACAGAAUUUUAGAAAGCUUUUUAGAGAUUUUUUUCUACAGGGUUAAAAUUACCUUAUAGAAAUACUGGCUCAUACAUAUACCCCUCAUAUCAAACCAAAGCAUGAAAUCAAGCUGUAAUUAAAGUUUUUUAGAUUUAAUUUUAUACCUUAAAUUCCUGUAUCACUGAGAUCUUUAGAUGAAGUAUAAAAUAGAGUAUAAUUUAGUAUCACUUAUUUGUUUUAAAUACAAGCACAGUGAGAACUAGGUAAAUAGUAAUGACAACACAGUAACAAAAAUAGAACUUGAGUAUUUGCCCAAACUGAAUUAACUAUUUCUCUAAAUCAAGGUAUAUGGCACGUUCAAAGUUUGAUCUUAGCAACUGUUACAUCAUUUUAACACUUAAAACACUGAAGGAGGCAUCUCUAUUCACAUAAGCUUCCUAAGUGUGUGUGUGUGUGUGUAUAUAUAUAUAUAUAUAUAUAUAUAUAUAUAUAUAUAUACUGAUCUGGAAGUAGUUUUGGUUCAAGUUUGGUAUCUCAUACCAAAUAUAUGUUCAUUUCAGAUUAUUUUAUGUGACCUUAUAUUCCUCUCUUCAGAAGCAUCUGAUAGUCAUUUGGCCAAUGGUGUAAAACAGGAAUUGUAAUUAACAGUAUAUAAUCUUGGUAAUAUGAAAGAGUUCCCAAAUAUUAGGAAAAAAAUUUAACAUUAGAGAAAAACAAUUACAAAUAUCAGUUCUAUUUCCUGAAAAUUCAGUUGAGGUAACCUCUGCAAGUCACAGCUCCACAUUUGCACACAGUUCUGACCCUCUUUUUGGCUGGGCUGUGGUCAAUAGAAUCUGAAGAUAUAUCUCCAGAACCUGAACACAUAGAGAAAGAAAUAUAGGAAAAGCGAGUUAAGACAAUUCAGAAAGAGUUUCAAAUUUUCCAUCAAUUUUAAAGUAGCUAGCAAGGUUGCUUACAUAUUCAAUACCAUCAUAGGAAGUCAACUUCUAAGGAAAUCUAAAUUCUUUUUUUAUAUAUCAACAAAACAAGUUUUAUGAAACAAUUAACAUCCAUGAAACUGUACUUGGAAAUCAUACCUUUCAUUUGAUAAUCAAAAGUGAGUUCUUCUCCAGCACUUAUGGUUCUUGUGGAAAAUAAUGCUAUUCGGGGAAGACGAGUAUCGAGGUUAUCAAUGAAAACAUUGAACACUUGAAGAUUUGGAUCACACUAAAAAGGAAUAUUAGAUCCAUUUAAUUAAAAAUGAUGUGAACAAGCUCUUCUACAUGCCAUAUGAAAUCUUUAAUUUCCAGAGUAGUAGUUUAUAAGUUCUACUAGAAAUUUUAGUUACUAUUGUUUAGAGGUUUUUGAAGCACACAUUUAAAAAGACUUCACUAACAGAAAAUCUCAGACAUACAUAGAACUAGAGAAAAUAAAUUCACAUGUUUCCACUCUGUAGCUUCAAUAAUUUGCCAAUCAUGUUUUAGCUAAUCCUUUUAAAUUUUUCUGGAUAAUUUUAAUGCAAACUCAGAUAUACCAUUUCAUCUCUAAUUCAGUAAGGCAUAUUUAAAGAACUGCAAUAUUUUAAAAAUCAGCACUUUAGAACUCAAAUUUUCUACUCCAUGGGGUUUCAUUGCUUAAACUUUCACUUGAAAUUGUCCAAUAUCUUGAGAACUCAACGUUAAAUUAAGGAAUAUGCAAGAAAGAUGCAGUGAAUUAUACAAAGAAAUCAAGUGUUUAGUUGACCUUGAAUGAAAUACAUUUUGAUAGUAUCUCAUAUUUGACAUUAAGAAAAAAAUUAAUGUAAAAAUGGGAAAUCUAAUGAGGAAAUCAGAAAGUCUGACAUUUUACUACAAAUCAUAAACUAGUUUCUUGGUAUGAAACCUAUCAAAAGUUUAACAUGGUCUGCUGUCCUUAUGUGGUCAGCUAUACCACAUACUCUGCAUUUUCCUUGUAAUCUAUAAAAAUGGAGAUAAUGUCAACCUCAUUGGUCUUAUCACGUUGUCAACUUGACAUGUACUAGUUUAUACUGUGUAACAGAUUAUUACUAUUAACCUCUCUUAUUUUGAGAAGUUUUUGUAGUAUAUAAGACUCUGGAGUUUAGGUUCCAACUUUAAAUUCUUUUCAAAAAAUAAUUAAAAAUCAAGGAAGAAUACUAAUUUAUAAUUUAGAAAAAUAGCCCUAAAUACUUCAAUAUUCUAUAAAUUCUUAAACUUUAUAAAAAUGUUGACUUAUUUACAUUUUUAGAGAAUACCUCUGUUUUUAGUGUACAUUCUAAAACUAUACUUGAUCUUAGCCAAAAGGCUGAGCAGUGAUAAUACAGCCUAAAAUUAGAUGUUAACUUCUGAAAUAAACUUGCAGAGUUGUGAUUCUUAAAUUUAUUACUUAGUUUUUAUUACUUAGCUCAUUUGCUCAUUAAUUUCCACAUCUGUACAUAUACCUUAUAAAGUUGGAAAGUUUAAAUCAAGUAACUUAUAAAGACUUUUUGCAAAAUGUAUUUGGUAGGCACCUCAAAGGAUUUUCCUAAUAUAGCAAUAAUAUUAUGACUUAACAGAAGAAGCCCUCAAUAUUACAAUAUUUUGGAAAUGUUAAAAGGGUCCAUAGUUUAAAUAAUUCCUCAACUAUGCAAAAAUCAUCAAAAACAAUACUAAGUUAAAUUAUUAGUCCUGUCUGUAUUUCUUACACUGUGAUUCACAAAAUGAGACACAUUUCCAUAGCGAGCUGCAUCUACUGUGAAUUCAUCAGAUUCAUAGUCCAGAUCAAAGAGAUAAGUGAUUCCUUUGUUGUCAUAUAACUGCCCCCGCCUUUCAGCUUCUUCACUUGUGAUUACCUAAAAAGAAAAAACUGUAUUAAAUAGUUAUUGCUGAACUAAAGAAACAUUCAUAAAUUCAUUAACAUACAAAUGUUUAAAAAGAAAUUCAAGUGCCAUUGAAACAAACAUUCACUUAAAUUUGAAGGACAAGACAGAAAGAGGUGGGACACCAAGGAGAGGAGAAAUAAUGAUGCACCAAAAUUAGGACUGUUCAGGUAUUAAGACAACCCAGCAAUUAAGUUGAAACCAUUGUAAUUUAUUGAGCUGUUCAAAAGGCUAUAGAUAUAACUACAGCUCUCUGUAACUGAAUGUAAAGGACUGAAUUUAAAGGAUAUAACUGAAUGUAAAGGACUGAAUUUGCCAAGUGUAUGUGCUCUAAAGCAACAUUUUUCCUGUAACUAAUUCGUAUGCAGUUAUAAAUGGAAGUUUAUUACAAAUGCAGAAUAUUUGUAUGUUAAGUUUGUAGUCAACUGCUUUGAAAGCUUAGUUUUGUAUAAUAGGUUGUUUUUCAUGAAAUUCUGAGCUCAAAACCAUCAUCUGUAGUUCUGCUCGUAAGCACAUAGCUUUACCAAAUGCUCAACUUAGGUAACCAAAAAUAAAUUGUGGUAUCAAUGAAGUUUAGCUGCUGCAUUAGCUGAAAAAAGGUGGGGGGAAUAAUUUGAUUAUAUAAGAUCUAGUAUCCUGAAUGAUUAGUUAUCUGCCAUUGUUUUAAAGUUUAAGGGUCAAAAGGUGUAAUUUAAUCUCAGAAUUCUGGAUUAAUACAUAGAUAAAGCAUUUCCAAACAACACUAUGUUUUAAAAUCAGUCAGAUUUGACAGCCCUACAUGAUGCAGUCACACUUAUUUUUUUCUAGUCACAGCUUCACCCACCAUUCAGUUUGAGGUGGGGUGGUACAGGGAUGGAAUGCACUAAUUUUGGAGCUUUGGUUUUGAAUCUUGUCUUUUUUACUACCCUCUGAUCUUGGGCAACUUGUUCAAUUUUCUGUGCCUCACUUUCCUUAUCUAUAAUAAUGAAGAUAAUGGUGCCACCUCAGAGUUACUGAGAGAACUGUUAAUAUAUAAUGUGCUUAGAAUAGUAUGUUGUAUAGGAUAAAUACUAUUUUGUAUAUAUAGUAUUGGUGUAAAAAUAAAUUUGCUAGUAAUGGUAAUUUAGAGAAUGCUAAAGUUAUAAAAGUUUGGACUUUCUUAUGGAUGCAAUAAAUGUACAUAUGUUUUAUAAUAUGUA